AUUCUACCUCUCUAGAAUGACUACGCUGACCAGGGAAGUGGGCAGCCCUGACGUGAUGUCCUCAGUGAGUGAAGAUAUUCCAUUCCAGAGGAGGUCUACUUGACACAUCUGGGAGGCCGCCAUCUGAAAGCCUGCCACUCUGUUGGUAUAGGGAGUGACAGCUGCAUUCUCCUGUGCCUACCGCAAAACCAAAAAUGAAGGAGAACUACUGUUUACAAGCUGCCCUGGUGUGCCUGAGCAUGCUAUACCACAGCCAGGCAUUUGCCCUGGAGCGACGAAGCCACCUGCGACCCUCAUUCCACGGGCACCAUGAGAGGGGCAAGGAGGGACAGGUGCUGCAACGCUCCAAGCGAGGUUGGGUCUGGAACCAGUUCUUUGUGAUAGAAGAAUACACUGGACCUGACCCUGUGCUUGUGGGCAGGCUUCAUUCUGAUAUUGACUCUGGUGAUGGGAACAUUAAAUACAUUCUCUCAGGUGAAGGUGCGGGAACCAUUUUUGUGAUUGAUGACAAAUCAGGGAACAUUCAUGCCACCAAGACGCUGGACAGAGAGGAGAGAGCCCAGUACACACUGAUGGCUCAGGCGGUGGACAGGGACACCAAUCGACCAUUGGAACCUCCUUCGGAAUUCAUCGUCAAGGUCCAGGACAUUAAUGACAACCCUCCGGAGUUUCUGCAUGAAACCUAUCACGCCAAUGUGCCUGAGAGGUCCAAUGUGGGAACAUCAGUAAUCCAAGUGACAGCGUCCGAUGCGGAUGAUCCCACUUAUGGAAACAGUGCUAAGUUAGUGUAUAGUAUCCUUGAAGGACAACCCUACUUCUCAGUGGAGGCCCAAACAGGUAUCAUCAGAACAGCCCUUCCCAAUAUGGACAGAGAGGCCAAGGAGGAGUACCAUGUGGUGAUCCAGGCCAAGGACAUGGGUGGACACAUGGGCGGACUCUCAGGGACAACCAAAGUAACGAUCACACUGACUGACGUUAAUGACAACCCACCAAAGUUUCCACAGAGCGUGUACCAGAUGUCUGUUUCGGAAGCAGCUGUCCCGGGGGAGGAAGUAGGAAGAGUGAAGGCUAAAGACCCAGACAUUGGAGAAAAUGGCUUAGUCACAUACAAUAUUGUUGAUGGAGAUGGCAUAGAACUGUUUGAAAUCACAACAGACUACGAAACACAGGAAGGUGUGGUGAAGCUGAAAAAGCCUGUAGAUUUUGAAACCAAAAGAGCUUACAGCUUGAAGGUAGAGGCGGCCAAUGUACACAUUGAUCCAAAGUUCAUCAGCAAUGGACCUUUCAAGGACACUGUGACUGUCAAGAUUGCAGUAGAAGAUGCUGAUGAGCCUCCCAUGUUCUUGGCCCCAAGUUACAUCCAUGAAGUUCAAGAAAAUGCAGCUGCUGGCACUGUGGUUGGGAGAGUACAUGCCAAAGACCCGGAUGCUGCCAACAGUCCAAUAAGGUAUUCCAUUGAUCGUCAUACUGACCUCGAUAGGUUUUUCACGAUUAAUCCAGAAGAUGGUUUUAUUAAAACUACAAAACCUCUAGAUAGAGAGGAAACUGCCUGGCUCAACAUCUCUGUCUUUGCAGCUGAAAUCCACAAUAGACAUCAGGAAGCUAAAGUCCCAGUGGCCAUCAGGGUCCUUGAUGUCAAUGACAAUGCUCCUAAAUUUGCUGCCCCUUAUGAAGGCUUUAUCUGUGAAAGUGAUCAGACCAAGCCACUCUCCAACCAGCCAAUAGUUACAGUUAGUGCAGAUGACCAGGACGACACAGCCAAUGGACCAAGAUUUAUCUUCAGCCUACCCCCUGAAAUCAUUCACAACCCGAAUUUUACAGUAAGAGACAACAGAGAUAACACUGCAGGGGUAUACGCCCGACGUGGAGGCUUCAGCCGGCAGAAGCAGGACAUUUACCUCCUGCCCAUUGUGAUCAGUGAUGGUGGCAUCCCACCUAUGAGUAGCACCAAUACCCUCACUAUCAAAGUCUGUGGGUGUGAUGUGAAUGGAGCACUGUUGUCCUGUAAUGCUGAGGCCUACAUCCUGAAUGCCGGCCUGAGCACUGGGGCACUCAUUGCCAUCCUGGCCUGCAUCGUCAUUCUUCUGGUCAUUGUUGUGUUGUUCGUGACCCUGAGGAGGCAAAAGAAAGAACCACUCAUUGUGUUUGAGGAGGAGGAUGUGCGUGAGAACAUCAUAACCUAUGACGAUGAAGGGGGUGGUGAGGAAGACACUGAAGCCUUCGACAUAGCCACCCUGCAGAACCCUGAUGGCAUCAAUGGAUUUAUCCCUCGCAAAGACAUCAAACCUGAGUAUCAGUACAUGCCUAGGCCUGGGCUACGACCAGCACCCAACAGUGUGGAUGUAGAUGACUUCAUCAACACAAGAAUACAGGAGGCAGACAAUGACCCCACAGCCCCUCCCUAUGACUCAAUCCAAAUCUAUGGUUAUGAGGGCAGGGGCUCAGUGGCUGGGUCCCUGAGCUCCCUGGAGUCUGCCACCACAGAUUCAGACCUGGAUUACGACUAUCUACAGAACUGGGGACCUCGUUUUAAGAAAUUAGCAGACUUGUAUGGCUCCAAAGACACUUUUGAUGAUGACUCUUAACAAUAAUGAUACAAAUUUGGCCUUAAGAACUGUGUCUGGCGUUCUCAAGAAUCUAGAAGAUGUGUAAACAGGUAUUUUUUUAAAUCAAGGAAAGGCUCAUUUAAAACAAGCAGAGUUUUACAGAGAGGAAACAUUUAAUAAAACUGCAAGGACAUCAAAGUGGAAAAUACUGUGAAGUAACUUUUCCCACUUAAAAAAAAAAAAGGCAAAUAUUGAAGUUGUUUAUCAACUUCACUAGAGAAAAACCACUUGGCACACAAAAUAUUUAAAUGAAGGAAAUGUCCACGGUGAACUUACAAUGAAGGGAAAUUGUCUAUGUGUUAUGAACAUCUAAGUCUCUCUUAUUUUAUUUUUUAAUUUGUCAGAGAAGCUUCCACAAAAUUAGAAAGGACAACAGUUCUGAGCUGUAAUUUCGCCUUAAACUAUGGACACUCUAUCUGUAGUGCAUUUUUAAACUUGAAAUAUAUAAUAUCCAGCCAGCUUAAACCCAUACAAUGUAUGUACAAUACAAUGUACAAUUCUGUCUCUUGAGCAUCGAUCUUGUCACUGCUGAUUCUUGUAAAUCUUUUUGCUUCUACUUUUCAUCCUAAACUAAUACGUGCCAGAUAUAACUGUCUUGUUUCAGUGAGGAGCACCCUAUUUCUAUGUCAUUUUUAAUGUAUCUAUUUGUACAAUUUUAAAGUUCUUAUUUUAGUAUACAUACAAAUAUCAGUAUUCUGACAUGUACGAAAAUGUUACAGCAUCACACUUAUAUUUUAUGAACAUUGUACUGUUGCUUUAAUAUGAGCUUCAAUAUAAGAAGCAACCUUUGAAAUAAAAAAAAAAGAUUCUUUUUUAAUUCUGGGUUUGAUUC